GAGGGCGGUGACGUGUGUGUGCGGUCAGUGAAGAGCGCAGGGCGGAUCAGCGUGAGGCCGCGACACCGACACACGCGCGGAAAACUCUCGGAAAUCAACGGAAACGUAAGAGUCAUGGCGGAUCUGAGCUUGACCGACGCUCUGACCGACAGCGCUCCUCAGCCUGAAGUGGAGAACAUGGUGGAGAGGGAUUUUGUGGCCACGCUGAAUGCCGAGACCUUCGACGAUCAGGUCGGAGAGACGGUUGACAAGGCGAACUACGUCCCACUGCUGGACAAUGACGGGAAGGAUCCGGGUACAGUAGUCGAGAACGGACAGCAGGAAGUCCAAGGGGCUCAAAACCCUGGCACUGUGAAUCCGCUGAUGCCACAGAAAGAGACGCCUCUUCAGACUGAGCAGCAGACAUUUGGGACAGACUUACUAUCAGACUCGGUGUCUGGUUUUCCUGAUCAGUGGAGCUCACAGUCCAGCCCUCCGCAGAUGAUGGACAGCAACCCGAUGACAGCGUUCACAGGUUUCUCUCAGCCCAGCGUAAUGUCGGCGGUGAUCACAGGUGCUGCUCCUUUCCAGACCGAAAGACCGUCUGGUUUGGCCGAAGCGCAGGAGCCGCCAGCUGCUCAGGCCACCGAAGCCCCCAAAAUACCAGCUGAACCCCUGUCAGCCACGACCCCCAAGAGCCCACGGGACACAUCUGCAGAACAAAAAAUAACUCAUACAUGUUUGGAACAACUUGAAGGUGUCUUUGGCGACUGCUGGUCCGAUGAGGCUGGCAUUCCAUCUGACCUGCCCUUCACGCCCAGUGUUUCCACCGUUAUCAGUCGCCAUGCCGGUCCUCUAGUCGAGAGCAGCCCACAUGUCACGGCCGACCCUCAGUGGUCCCCGAGAGAUAGCGGGGCGGGAGAUGCAGAGGAAAGGGAAGGUGAAGGAUCUGACCGUAAGAAGGAAAAGAAGAAGAAAAAGCGGAGACCCAGGGACGAGGUGUACGACUUCCCCACGGAAAUGCCGAGCGAAAGUGCUUUAUCCGACAGCCCCCAUCAGCAAUCCCCGCACAAGGAGCGAGAUCGAGACGGAGGCUGGGAAGACGGAGGCCGCUUUGGAGGGAGAGUCAAGAAGCCAAAAAGCCGUAAGAAGAUUCCCGAGGAAUGGGCGGUCCAUGCAGAGCCCUUCGUCCCUGCUUCGGCUUGCAUGCCGCAGGAGUUCGCAACUGAUUUCUCCCAAUCGCCCCUUGAAGUCGACAGCGGACUUGUGUCGCUUUCUGAGGACUUCUCCGAUGAGAGUCUCAUUCCUAUGUCUCUUACCCAAGAUCUUCUAUCCCUCACGGCCACUUCCCCACCGUCCUCAACGCAUCUUGAACCUGCAAUGCCUUCUCCAAAGUCUCCCGGUCGAGCCCCCGAUUUAUCCCCCCAGCACCCCUUGUCCAUGUCAUCCGGAUUCAAAGAUAUCCUCAUGGAAACAGAUUCUCUUGCUUGCGACCUCAGCGACACUCAGCCUUUCGUCUCUCCUGGUGCGACCCUUGAGGAAGCAAUCUUUGGACAAGAUCACUCCUACACCAGCCAAGAUUCACCAGUGAAGGAACCCCAGGCGUCCACCCCUGGAAGCGCUUGUUUUGUACCACCAAUGGAAGCACUGAUCGCGGCACCGCCGUUUUCUCCAUCUGGACCUGCAUGGUCUCUUAAUAACCACAGUCAACCCUUUGAUCUUGAAGGUGUUGCCUUUGAGACCCCGGUUCCUGCACCUCUGCCUUCGCCAAAGAGCAAAGCCCCAAAGGAACCCAAAUCCAAACAAGGCAAGAAGCCCGGCUCAUCCUCAUCAAAGAGUCCAACCUCCCCUGAAGCAAAGUUGCCGUCUCCCCAGAAUUCCGGUCUAAAUCCGGCCGCUCCGCCAUUCUUCCCUAGUUUUGCAGAACCUUGGGAGCUCAAAGCAGGAGCGCUCGUCACUUUGGAAGAAAACUCUGAGAAGAGCAAGCCAGAGGUGAACAAAAUGGACGCUGUCCAGAAGUUCGAUGACUUUAAUGUUUUCAGCAAACCGGACAAAGAUCAGAAGAUGGAAACGGUGGAGGAGAAAGACAAAACUGUCCACCCAGACAAACAGACAACCAAAGGAGAAAACACAGAAGCUCUGGACGAAAUCAAAGACGUGGGUAAAUCAGAGAAGGCGGACAAGGAUGAAAUAGCUCACAAAGUAGAAACACCAGUGAAAGUUGAGAAGAUCGAACCGUUGCAGAAAGCUACUAAAGAUGAGACUGAAAAAGCUGAUAAUGUUGAGAUGACUGCAGACAAAAAAGAGACGACAGAAAAGAUUGAUUCCUCUCCAAAGAUGGAGAAAGACAAGGUUGAAAAGGUUGAGCUGAAGACGGAAGAAGUGAAAGUCGUGGAGAACAAGAAGGAAGCGAAGGUCGAGGAGAACAAAUCAGAUCAGAAAGUAGAGAAAGAUGAACAGAAGAACAAAGAAGAACCGGUGAAGGAAGUGGAAAAGGAGAAAGCAGAACAGAAAACUGAACAAGACAAGACAGAAAAGGACAAAGUAGAAGAGAAAACAGAAAAGACUGAGCCAGCUGGCAAGAAACCUGCCAAAGCUGAGAAGGAUGAGAAAGCCAAAAAACCAGCUGCUAAAGCCUCAGCGGCCAAGCCUGCGGUAACCAACGGUGCACCUGGAAAAGACUUGACCAGCCCUGAGAAGAAGACCAAGCCUGUCGCCGGCGCAACCAAACCUAGCUCUGCCAAGCUCCGGCCGAGCUCCGCCUCCAGCGCUACAGCCGCGCCCAAGCGCUCCACCCCUACCUCAGCCACCAGCGCACCCACCCCCCUCAGCAAAAAAGCCCCUGUGCCCAAAGCUCCCGCCCCAGCCGCUGGCACCAAACGGCCAGCCACAGCAUCCACACGACCCUCCACCGCCUCCAGCACAGUCACCAGAGAGGUCAAGCCCAAGACGGCCACAGAGAAACGCCUGACUGUGCCAAAGGCUGCUGUCGCUCCGGCUCGGCCCGCCGCAGACAAACCUGCGACCGCAACACGCACGACCACCGCAACACGCACCGCCGUCAGCGCUCCUGCAGCACGACGCCCGGUUGCAAAGACUGAGAGCAAACCAGGAGACGAAAAGAAACCAAGCACACCGAAAACUACAGAUGCCGCCCGCUCUAAACCCGCUCCUCUCAAAGCCUCCACCACUACAAGCAGCAUCGCCGGCACUCGCCCUCGCACCACCAAAACACCCGUCUCCAGCAGCACUACAGCCGCUGCUGCGCCGGAGAAGAAGCCGGCGGUCCCCCGCGCGCCUCGACCCGGCUCCACCUCCAGCACCAGCGCCAGCGCCACGACUCGCAGCACAACGCGGCCCAGCUCCACACUGGCACCCGACAUCAAAAAUAUCCGCUCCAAGAUCGGCUCCACAGACAACAUCAAAUACCAGCCGGGAGGAGGAAAGGUCUCAGUGUCUCAGAGCAGGACAGACGCUCAGAGCUCGCCCUCCAAAGAGACCAGCCAGGGCAAAGUUCAGAUAGUCUCCAAAAAACUGGACUACAGUCACGUGACUUCUCGCUUGGGCUCCAAGGACAAUAUGAAACAUGUUCCUGGUGGAGGGAACGUCCAGAUUCUCAACAAGAAGGUCGACUUGAGUAAAGUGACCUCAAAGUGUGGCUCCAAGGCCAACAUCAAACAUAAACCAGGUGGAGGCGAAGUCAAGAUCGAGAGCCAUAAGGUGAGCUUUAAGGAUAAAGCUCAGCCCAAGGUGGGCUCAAUGGAUAAUGUCAAUCAUGAGCCUGGAGGCGGGAAAGUUAAGGCUGAGGGGGCCCAGGAGACUGCUGAGGGUAGCGGGGCUCCCUCUAGUGGUGUCUCGGCCACCCAGCCGUCAGCCGGUGCUGCCCAGGAGAAUGGGCUGAAGGAGGGCGGCCCCUGCAGGAGUGAGGAGCUCCGGGACCCGCAGGGCCUGGACUCGCUCAUCCCUGAAACAAGCAUCUAACUCGACUUUUUGCUAUCACUCUGCCCUUUUCAUUUCACCCCCGACCACUUCCUCUCCUCCCCUUGUUUAUGUCCUGUCCCUCCUCUGUCCUGUCUUUUUCCACACUCUGUGAUGCAGAUUGAGUCUUUCAAGCUAAAUUUCCGCGAGAACGCCCGCUCUCGCACGGACCACGGCGCCGACAUCAUCACCUGGCCCGUCUUGGGUGACAGCCCUGUCCACCCUCACCUGCUCCGCAGCAGCGUCUCGCUCAACGACUCCCUCGCGACCGCCGGCCUCCCUCGCUCUCACACCACCCCGGCCCUCCUCUCCUCCCAGGAACAAGGGGGCGGCGUCGGCUCGCUCACCGGACUCCGGACGUGAUUUCUGUCUUUUCAUUGGUCCGCUGCUCUCUAAACCCCUCCUCCAUUGCUAAGACUCAUACUGUAUGAUUGGUGUGCUCUCUGUUGACGUUCCUGAUCAGUGAGGCUGUACAGACUACAGUCAUCAGGAUGUGCCUCAGUCGAAGGCGGCUGGCGAAGGUUACACUUUAACAUGGCUAAACUCACGCUACUCAUACCUAACGAUCAGCACACCUGCUACAUCACUUGUUGUAGAGCAUGAAUCUAGUUUAGUUUCUUUUUCUUUUUUUAAAUCUGUGUUUCAACUCCUGGACCGGUAUUCAUAAUCAAACCUGCACAUGCCCAUCUGCUCACCAUAUACAAACACAUCUGGACAUCAUCUCUCGCUGCCUUCAAGUGCUCACGGGACGUUUGUGCUUACGAGUUAUUUACCAUGCGAUCGUGUCAUAUGACAAAUCACUUUCUGACAAAAUCAAGCUUUUUUUAGUGCCAAAGCAAAGGAUAGUUCACCCAAAAAUGAAAAUUCUGUCAUUGAAUUAUUCAACCCUCAUGUCGUUCCAAACCCGCAAGUCCUUCGUUCAUCUUCAGAACACAAAUUAAGAUAUUUUUGAUUAAAUCCGAGAGCUCUCUGACAGCUACCACGAUCUUUUUAUUUUUAUUUUUACAGUGUAGAUACAAUUUCCACUCAGAAAUCGCUAUUAAGUUUCACAAUUACAUUUAACGCAUUAAUUAAACAUGCAAUUUUAAAGUAGAAAAACAGAAACAUACUACUAAAAAUAAUUUUUACAGUGGCAUUAAAAACAUAAUUCAACAUUUAAUUUUUUUUUCAAUUGGAGCGAAAGCAUGGAUCCGCAUUUGCAUGCAUAUACAUGGAAGUCAAUAACUGACUGAAUAAGUAUUUUCUAAAACAUUUACACUUAAAAUGGCUAAUAACAACUCUAACUUGGAAAGUCUCCCAACAUGAGCUGCUAGAUUUUGUUGGCGCUCGUCUCGUAAGCACGAUCCUUCCCGCUUGAUUUGAAGGCGGCUUCAUUCAGCAUACAGGGCUGUCAUGUGACCCUCUCACCUGACCCUUGACCUCCAGUAGAGCUGACAUUGAAGCACAUAGGCUUUCUGAAUCUCUGAAACUAUUUGUGAUGGUGUGUUUGAGUGAAUACUGUAGCAAUGAACUGUGUUGUUAAACGCUUUCUUUUGACUCUUCCUUUUAUUUUCGUGACCAGCGGAUGUUUCCUUUUCCUCGUUAUUGUAAAGCAAUAUAACGUCUCCUACAAUGCCUAUAAGACAUGAAACUCCACGUAAACGCACAGCAAACCGCGCUCAUAGUGUCAAACGCAGCUCCAGACGGCUUCGUGAACGUGAAGAGGGUCUGAGGUGGACGUGUGAAGGAAAAUUCCCUUGUGGAAAAAGAAGUGCACUUGUAGUAUACCUCAAAUCUUAAAAGUGCAUUUAAUAACUGAAAUAAAAGCCCACUUAAGUGUAUUUAAAGUGUACUUUCUUAACUGCACACUUGAGCACACUUUGCAAUAAUGUCCAAUUAAGUUUUACAUUAAAUUCAAUUGUUAGUUAUUUUAAUAAUCUUUAAAGUACACGUAUUUUGAUAUGUUGACUAACGUACUAAAGCACAUGUAAAAUACUUGAUUAUUGAACUGUUAUGUGCUCUGCAAUAUUUAAGUUUAAUAUAUUUUACUAAAAUGCAACUUCAUAGCAAAUUUGUAAUUAAAAAUGUAUUAAAAUCAUGACCUACAAGUUUCAACAGAAUUGCCAUUAUUUUUUAGUUUUACAUAUGUUUACACUUUAACCAUCAAAGACAAAAGAAUUAUGAAAUUGCAUGUAAAGAUGUAAUUAAGUCUUACUUAAGUGGGUCAAAAAAGCAAUCUUAAGUUCAGCUUAUUGCAUUUAAUAUAAAUUUAAACCAUAAUGCACUUUAAUUUCAAUUACCAUGCGAUUAGGUGUCUGAAAACAUUCCAUUCAAUUGACACUCAAGUAUGUUCUUUCAAAGUGUGUUAUUUUCCUAAUACUAAAGUGUGCUUCUUUUUCACAAGGAAGUAGAUGUUGACUUGAUGCACGAGGGGUUUCUGCUAGCAAUGAUUGGUUGAUGUUUUGGCAUCGUGUACAGUGGAAGCAGUAUGUUUUUAUAUGGAAACGGGUCGAGUUUGUGCCUGCCUUUGGAGGGACGCAGAGACAGAAUGUCACAGCCUGAAACCUUUUACGUACUUUUAAUAGUUGGUUAUGAGAAACUGGUGGUGGUUUGAAUUCUUCUCUUAUUGCAUACGUUUCUGCAGGUCUUUUUUAAGAGUCUAAGCUUCGCAUUAUAGUGCGAUCAUGCGAGUGGAAAGGUUUUAACGGUGGAGCCUGUAGCUUAUUUCUCUUGUAGCAUUUUCUGUUAUACAGUAGUUUAUCUUCAGAUAGCCUUUUUGAGGUCGCACAGAAUCACACGCUUGACAUGUAGCUGCUUGGUUUAGUGUCCUUUUGGUGUAAUAAUGGGGUAAGAGGAUGUGGCCACUCUUUUUGUGUUAUUUUCUUCAUCAGCUGUGGGCGGUAUGGACGUCGGACAGAUUUUUUUUUUUUUUUUUUUUUUUUCAAGCGCGCUUUUCUUUUUAUGAGUAUGACACAUUACUGUUGCAUCUAUUGCUUAUUCUCAUCAGACCUCUUUAAUCCCAGAACAUGCAAAGCAAUAUGACUGUCAACGUGACAGACCCCAGAUUUUGACUUCUAGAAAUCUACAUCAUGCAUGACAGUGUAAAGCGUUCAGAUCAUGAAAUAUUAUGCAAUUAAUCGAAAAAUUUACGAAUGCAUGGCCUUGUUAAAAAAUCCAGUUUUUGAGAGGUAGCUUCUUUGAAAUAAGUUUUAGAUAACAAAUACGAGUAGGACAGUGUACCUUCAUUGUGUAUUCUCAUUUUUAAAGAUUAUUUAAAUAAUUCACCUAUAUGAAUUGAUGGAAAAUGCCAAAAAAACGGUUGCAUUAAUUUACCAACUGAUGAUUUUUGGGCAACAACGGUUAUUAUUUAUAGUCUUUUUUUUUUUUUUCUUUCCGGGAAAUGAGAAGUGUGUAAAUAUUAGGCUAAAAUCUGAAAGGGUCUUUCGUUAAGGACCUGUAGUCUUUCAGGACAGCGGCUGUUUGUAGUGAAAAGGUCACAUUUGAAUCGGUUCCCUGUGCCUGAAUGAAUCCCGAGAACAAUCGUACUAUCAUUUAUAGCCUCUUUACAUGUAUUUGCAGUUGAUUUCCCAAUGGUUUUACUGCUGUCUCUGUGAAUGCAUUUAUUAUUGGCAUAAUUAUUGACACAUUUGCAACGGUCAAAGCAGCUGAGGGCUGAUAUUAUGUACCUUUAACGGCUAUUAUUCAUAUUAUUGUUGUCAUUUUGGCCCUGCAUUUUUUUCAGUGGAAAAGGCAGAGAACAAAUGUAUUUAAACUAUAUUAAAGCACA